GUCGCGUUUCCGUUUCGCACCGCCGAACCCUGCGCACAACCUCCAUCCGACUCUUCCACGGACAUGCAAACCCGAGUCCGCCAGUAAACAUGGUCCGCUUCAAGAAUCGCUGGAUCCUCGUCGAGUUCAUCCCCUGCACCGCUCCGAGUCCCGGAAGGACCCCCGCCGCACAAGCCGCCUCCGGGGGCAUCGGAGGGAGCGACGUCGAGACGAGCAGCAAGCAGAUCUGGGCUGCGCUCAAGCAGAGCGUGAUCACGCACUUCGGGGACACCGGCUGGGGCGCGGUCGGUGCGUCCUUGACCGUGAAGUACUACUCUCCUCGGACGAAUGUGUGCAUCAUCCGCGUCGCGCGCGACCCCUACCGGAUCGCCUGGGCGGGUGUGACGAUGCUGUCGACCAUUGACGGGCAGCGGUACAUCCCAAAUGUCGUGCACGUCUCAGGUACCAUCAAGCAAGCCCAGCUCGCCGCCAUCCAGCACAACAGGGAGGUUAUCGCCCGCUACCGCGCCCUCGCGAAAACUCCUGCUGGCUACCAAGACUCCUAUGAAGAGUUCCUGCAGACAAGCGCGCAAGAGAUCGAAGCCCUACAGGAUUAAAGUCUCCCGGAGCUGCAAUGGGCCUCGACGGCAAACCUGCCGCAUACAGCGUUGGCCCCGGUCUCGAGGCUUUUGAAGUUCUCAUCGCCUCCGACUUCCGCCCACUCUACAGCUUCGCUGCUACCACUUCGCCCUUAUCCUCGCCCAGUCUCGCAUUCUCCCUCUGCCACCUCUCCGCCCACCCAACCAACCCACUCACAAGUCUCUCCACCUCCUUCCUCGAGUUUCCUGCAUGCAAACACACGCGCACGCGGUCGCGACCCUUCGGCACGGUCGGCCACACGAUAGGCCGUGCGUUCAG